AUCGUGUAUAAACACGACUCUUGUUUUUAAUGUCGUAGACAGACAGCAGCAAUAAUUCUAAUCCUUUAAACGUUUCUACAUCUCCCCGUUAAUCCCAAAGACAAACAGACAACACCAUAGAGUCCGACUUCCUCAUUAACGGUGCGUUUGAUUGGCUUCCAGUUACGUUUUAACACCUAACCAAUCUGUAUCACAAUUUUGUCGAGGUAACUUUAAACCUCUAACACCGCCAAAAUUCUCGCUGUUUGAUCUUCUUGACCAUUUGACGUUCACCGCUACUAAACGGUUUAAUGCAGGAGAGGUGUGAAUCCCCCGGACAAUAGGGGUCUAAAUUAGGCAUAUUGAAAAAGACCCGUCACCGCCUUUUGUUGUUGGGCGUGAUGGGUUCAGCUACUUGAACAAAUCAACCCAGUGAGCAGGCCCCGCCCAGCCCGGGAAAUGGUUACAGUAUUUCUAUUACCACAAAUAAAACAUGCUUUAAUUUACUUGUUAUUUGCUUGUUGUUAUGAUCUCAAUUCAAAUAUAAACCGAAAAAGAAACGAAAAAAAAGAGUCACAAAAAUGUUGGAUUCCGAAGAGGAGAGCUGCGAUUUUGUGGACAUUGUGAACGAUGAUGAGGAUGAAGAAGAACAAAUGAUGAACGAAGAAAUGAGGAAAAAAGAUAAAAAUCCUCAAAAACGGAAGACAAGUUACACUUUGCGCGGACUCGAUGCAGAAGAAAUCACGGAGUUACGCGCCAAGAUCAAUAGCAGAGAAAGGAAGAGAAUGCACGAUCUGAACCUCGCUAUGGACAGUCUCCGGGAAGUGAUGCCGUACGCCAAGGGACCGUCCGUCCGAAAGCUGUCCAAAAUCGCCACACUGACGCUAGCAAGGAACUACAUUCAAACGUUAACCAAAUCCGUGGAGGAGAUGAAACGUCUGCUGGAUGAAAUAUACCGGUCGUCUGCAUCAAACCAGCGUCACCACGCAACCGCUGUGCCGUCAGCGUAUAUCCCGCACGCAGGUACCUCGCUUUACGGCGCCGCACCUUUCCCCGUGCCUCUACCUGCCGGUUACUCCCCGACAUUUGGACAUUCUAUCAGACACUCUGCUUCCACCGCUUUACAUCCCUGUUCAGUUCAUUGCGGUUGUAGAAUCUCUACGGCCUCCAGUUUGCGGCCCUCGGCGGCCUUGUUUAAUACUGUACCACCAAGACUCACAAACCAGCCUCCGAUUUAGGAAAACUCUGCAUUGAAGAUGGACUCUUUUAUCUGUCUAUAGAAUCAUUGCGUUUUACCGCUGUGGUGCGUAGUUUCGUUUACUUUUUGAUAUGAUAUGAUUUACCGGUAAAUUUGUAAUAGUGCUUUUUAUGAAGUUUUCAUGGAUAUGAUGUGUUUAUAUUCUGUGUAUGUGACCUUCGUAAAGCUAAUAUUAAA